UCCGCAGAAUCACGGUGCAACUUUAUUUCGAUGAAUUUCGCUGUCGACAAUGGAACUAACGUCUUUUUUUACAUAUUGUAACGUUAACAUAAAUUCGUUUGAGAAAUUGCUCCAGAUGUCCACCUUUUGAGGACUAAGUGUUGAAGGGUUGAGGAUUGGGAAAAAUAAAAUUUCACAAUUGUCAGUUUGCAUAAAAUUUUUAUUAGAAAAUUAUUUGAGAUUUUUCAGAAAUGUUUUUGCAUCGAAUGUUCAAAGAAAUCAAUUUUAAAUAAUUUAUUUCGUAGAUACUGCGAUGAUUUCUUCCAAAUGAGAAAAUAUAUCCAGCGGAUUGAUAUCGUAAAUCUGAAAUCCAAAAAAACAAAUUCAACUGCGAAUAGCCUGUCGCUUUUGGAUGAACCAUGAAUCUUAGAUAGAUUAAAUUACCGUAUUACGAUAAUCGUACACAAUUUAUAUUAUUUUGAUUUCAACAACUUUGUAUUUAUAUGCUAUACAAUAAGUUUCAAAAUAUUGGUCUUGUGUAUGAAUCUAUGGAUUGUGUUAAUUUCAAAUCUUUUUCUUGGCAUAAACGAAUUAAAAAAAACACUUGUAAUUAAGAAAAAACCACUCGCUCCCAAAUUCUGACCUUCAAUUCUAAAUUAUCUUCAAUAAUUGCCGAAUGAUCUCACAAGAGUUCAUUAAAAAAUUAAUUAUAUAGCUGGUAAUACGUCCAUUGAGACCGAUUGUGAAUAAUAAUUCAUGGACUCCUACCUUACCGGCCGGGUAAAUGUGGAACUAGUAAUCCUUUCACCUAGUGAACUCUCUUCGGAUCCAAACUGUUUAAGGUGGAAGAAUCAAAAGUAAAUAAACACGUGCAUAUAUGUGAAAUUGACACUUCAGUAUUUUCAGCUGCGACAAAAAAUACCGGAGCCGUAAGCAAUCGAGGAACAUUCUGUUAUUUUAUUUACGAUGACCGAAGAGGUGCCUGCACUGCAGGACCGUUUGAUAUCCCCUGAUUAUGAGCGACAUUUGGCAGAGAAACAGGACAUUAUUGAUAGAGCACCUUUCCGGAUGCUGAAAAUUGAUGAUCCGAGUAUUCUCAACACAGUCGAAGGAAGAGAAAUAUGUGAACACUGUUAUAAGUCACGAAAAUUUUUCUGCUAUACCUGUUACUCACCAGUCAUCGACAAGAAGUAUUUUCCACAGGUUAAGCUUCCGAUCAAGGUGGAUAUUAUCAAGCAUGCCAAGGAAAUUGAUGGGAAAAGUACAGCUAUUCAUGCUGCACUACUGGCUCCCCAGGAUGUGAACAUCUACACGUAUCCUCAUUUUCCAGAGUUCUCACCGAAUGAUAAGAUUGUACUAGUAUUUCCCACUAAAGGUGCCACAACAAUCGAGAGCCUCUUCUCUCAGCCUGAAAAUAAUGGCACAAGUGCACUUUCCAAACUUUCGAGCCUGCCAAUAACUCGCGCAGUAUUUAUUGACAGCACAUGGCACCAGACCAACGCAAUCUUCAGAGACGAGAGAUUACGCGCUUUACCAUGUGUAAUCCUGAAGUCCCGAAUUUCCCAGUUCUGGCGCCAUCAGAAAAAAAGUCCCCGGUGGUAUCUAGCGACUAUAGAAGCUAUUCAUCAAUUCCUCGUGGAAUUACAUGAGUGUGCCUAUGGAAAAGUUGAAAACUAUGCUCUGCAGGAAGCUAAUCAUUCAACGAAAGAAUAUUGUGGUCAGUACGAUAACUUAUUAUAUUUCUUCAAAUACAUGUACGAAAAAAUUCAUACAAUUUAUGACCACAAUCAAUUGUGGGCUUAUAAAAGACCGUUGAUUUGAUUAAAAUAAAAUUCAAAGAUUAGAUUAAAAAUAAUCAAAUUACUUGUUUUACAUUGUAACGGUUUUAUUCUCUCUCUCCCUGCUCCUACAUAAAUAUAUAGAGUAUAUAUACUAUGUUAAGGUACUUUAAACCUUAGGAUAAUUCCCAUCAACAUUCAGCCAUACAGCAUUUCUUCCCCUUUAAUCCUUUCAUUUAUACUCUAAAGUCUUCUAUAAUGAAAAAACUUGAACAGACACAUUAAUUGUUGCAAGCAUUUUCGUUUUGGUAAUUACAAACAGAAACAUCAACGACAGCAUAAAAUAAACUAAUUUUGUCCAACGAUAUAAAAAAA